CGCGCAGCCGCCCGCCCGCGGGAUCUCACAGCCGUCCGCCCCGGAGAGGACCGACUGCCCAGAGCGCGGGUCCCGGGGCUCCCUGGGCGGGGCCGUUCCCGGGGAGCCCCCCGACUGCCUCUCAGAGCAGGGUGGGGAAGGGGAUCCUAGCCCGCCGCCGCCUCCGAGCAGGCCGCCAGACCGAUCCCUGACACUGAAAUCAGAGGGAGGAGGAAGGAACAGCUGAGGAGAUUGACUAGGAGCCACAGGCAGAUGGGAGUGUCCAGAGGGAUGUGCCGGCCCAGAGCCAAGUGAGAAGAGAGUCACCUCACUGUGUCAGGUGCUGUUGACAGGUCAAGCAAGGCAGCACUGUGGGUACGCUCGAGCGUCAAGUGCACAAACUUGAAGUGAGACCAGCCAGUGGAGUUGUGUGUUGUUCUUCAGCGGCUUUAAACUGUGUGGGUACAGGCACAGGACUCUGGCGGCCGGAGAUGGGCGCCCGGCUUUCGCGGCGGCGGCUGCCCGCGGACCCGCCCAUAGCCUUGGACGCGCUGCCGCCGGAGCUGCUCGUGCAGGUGCUGAGCCACGUGCCACCGCGCGCGUUAGUGACGCGCUGCCGCCCAGUGUGCCGCGCCUGGCGCGACGUGGUGGACGGGCCCACCGUGUGGCUGCUGCAGCUGGCCCGCGACCGCAGCGCGGAGGGCCGCGCACUCUACGCGGUGGCCCAGCGCUGCCCGCCCAACAGCGAGGACGAGGAGGAGUUCCCGCUCCGCGCCCUGGCGCGCUACUGCCUGCGAGCGCCCCUCGGCCGCAACCUCAUCUUCAACUCCUGCGGAGAGCAGGGCUUCAGAGGCUGGGAGGUGGAGCACGGCGGGAAUGGCUGGGCUGUGGAAAAGAACCUAAUACUGGUGCCGGGCGCUCCUUCCCAGACCUGCUUCGUGACUUCUUUCGAUAACCUCAUAGUUUUAUCUUUUACAUUUAGAUCUUUAAUCCACCUUGAAUGUGAUGUUCGCUUCCCAUUGGCUGACCCAACAGAAAGUAGAGGAUGGUGCUUCAAGAGGCAGCUUGUGGACUUGGUGAUGGAGGGUGUGUGGCAGGAGCUGCUCGACAGCUCCCAGAUCGAGAUCUGUGUGGCCGACUGGUGGGGUGCCCGGGAGAACUGCGGCUGCAUCUACCGGCUCCGGGUCCGCCUCCUGGACAUGUAUGAAAACGAAGUGGUCAAGUUCUCGGCAUCACCCAACCCGGUCCUUCAGUGGACUGAAAGAGGCUGCCGACAGGUUUCCCACGUCUUUACCAACUUUGGCAAGGGCAUCCGCUACGUGUCUUUUGAGCAGUAUGGAAGAGACACACGUUCCUGGGUGGGGCACUAUGGUGCCCUCGUGACCCACUCCAGCGUGAGGGUCAGGAUCUGCCUGUCCUAGCUAACCAGCCUGAUCCAGCCUUCCAGGACAGACUGCCAUCUGCCAGACACCGUCGUCAAUCAAGGUCGGCUUUGCAGCCAGGAGCCGGAGGAUGCCCGGGGACAGUGGGGUUCCCGUGUAGCCUGUUCCCGGAAUGUUUCCAGUGAACCCCACUUGCUGCUGCUUCAGUGUGGUGGCCCCCAUGCUAUUCGAGAAACCAGGGAUCCAACCAGGCUGGUCACUUGCUUCCCCAGCUUCCCAGGGGGAGUGUCAAAGAGUUAGCUCAGAGACCUGUAUUUUACUUGCAAAUUUUUUUCUCACAUGUGUGGAUAUCAGUUGACAGACUGAGUCAAAAAACAAAGGCCGAACCAGGAUUUCAAAUAGAGGAAAGCUGCUGACAAUCUUGGCCAAGGACUCUUGUCAGCAUGUUUUGGGGGCAAGGUGAUUGCUGGCAGGGAGCAGAGGUCCUUGAGGGGACCAACAGCAGCCUCAAAGGGAACUCUUCCUGUUGUUUUGGGGAGUCUCUGGGAUUCGGCAGUGGGGCCCGUGCAACCUCCUCCAGCACCGCGCCCAUCAGCACGUCCCCUCUGGGCCAGACUGGUGCCAUUUCUUUCAGAAUUUCUGAGGCCAGUUCUGCGCUGACCCCCAAACUGUACCCUCCUCCCCCACCUCCUGCCCCUGCCUCAGGGGCAGCUCGCCUCCUGUCAGGCAACAGCCUCCUUUUCUCCACACUUGAGCCCGCUUGGAGAUGGACCCCAGGAGCAAGGCAUGCUGUGAAGGAAAGCUCUCCUUUCCCCAGCUGAGCACAGCCAACAAGCUCGCUCAAUAAAAUCGGUGCUAAGCAUGA